AUGAGCGACCUUCUGAAUUACAUCCUAUCCCACGAGGAUGCUUUUAGGAAAAACCGACUACCGUCUCUAUAUUCCGACUUUUCCGUACAGAAAACCACGAAUCCCGAUGGCUACGCAGUGAAUGUUGCGGCGUGGGAAAAAGCGCUCACGAACGCGGCGCGUAGUGGGCAUGUGACGUCCAGCAAUGCUUCGAGCAAGAAACGGAACCAUAUAAUCCUCGACGCAGAUGAGAAUCUUUUACACAUGUUAGAAAUUCCAGAAUGGGGGAGACCAGUGGCCUUGGCAAGCGUUUUUGACGAGGCUAUACAGAAGCGAAAAAUGGUUCCUUUGGGACUCUACAGUUCAAAUAACUUUAGCUUAACUACUAGUCGAUGGAGGGUGCUUGAUCCCGGGGCGCUUAGCCCGUGGAACGUCAUGAAUUGGGGGUUCAGACAGCUCAAGGGGCUAGUGGUUGGGACGGAUACCACUAAGCUUCGCACACAGAAACUCGUUCUCGUUGAUAACCUAAAGGAGGCCGCAAAGCAAGUAGUCAGCCUAGGAACUAGGCAGACAUCUUCCUUGGACAGGAUAUACUCCAAGGAAAGAUUUGUGAGAGAUUUCAGCACGGUGCUAGACGCAAACACUGAGCUUUCGGAUAAUGACGUCGAGGCCCUAUUGAUACAUCUUUCUCGAGAUAUCAACGCCAUUUCUUAUGACGGAAAGACGAUCAAAUUCCUCACUAGUAACGACAGAUCACCAAUCAGUCAUGAAGAUACAACCAUUGCUUCCAUGAAGGACCUCAUCUCGAGCUUGACUGCACAAGUUUCGCGACUCGAACAGAAAAUUGGAGAGCUGAACGGCAACGCAAAGCUUGCACUUGCCGAUAAGAACCGCAUAUCUGCCCUCUCAGCAAUUAGAAACAGAAAGAUUGCCGAACAUAACCUAAAACAACGCUCUGACACACUCAGUCAAUUAGAGGAAGUUUACUCCAAGAUUGAGCAGUCAGCUGACCAGGUUGAGAUUGUGCGUGUCAUGCAAGCCAGCACCGGUGUUCUUCGCAGUCUUCAUGCGGAAAUGGGUGGCAUCGAAAGGGUGGAGGAUGUGGUUGAGAACCUUCGUGAAGAGAUGUCCAAGGUCGACGAGGUCGGCAAUGUCAUCGACGAGGCUGGCCCUGUGGUUGACGAAGGAGAAAUCGACGAGGAACUCAAGGCACUUGAAGUCAAAGAACUCCAUGACAGAGACGAGGAAGAAGCAAAGGCAACUCGAGAGAAACUCAAGCAGCUGGACAGUCACGAACAGGCUGCGAGAGAAGCGACCUCGAAAUUGGCAGAGGCAGGCAAGCCUACGGAGACAGCAGAGGCGGUGGAAGAGGACCCGGAAUUGGCACAGAGCAUCGGGCAGCUCUCGCAUAUGUCGUUGAACGACCCGGCUGAAGAUAGAGAGGGUCAGCAAGAUGAUAGACAGCCUGUACCAGCACAGUGA